GAGGCCUUCCCGAAUGGAAUCGUCGAAUCCGGAAUUUCACCUUUGUCUGGUCGACAGCUCGACGGUCAUAAAUAAGAGGGAAAAAAAAAAAGAAAAAAAAGAAGAGCUUUCCUUCGAGAAGAUGAGAAAAAGGAAAGCAUAAAGAGCCGUCGUCUGUGACCGAAAUUUUUUCGACAAGUCGCCUAAUUCUGGCGCAACGGCGUCGGUCUUUGAUCUCUCUGCAACUAUCGAAGCUUUCAGGGAUAGCGUUUGAACUUGGUUGAGGAGGCGGGAAUCUGAAACUAGAUUAGGUAUUUUUGGGAAUUGAGAUCGAUAACGAUGGCGUGGUUUCGAGCUGCGUCUGGUGUGGCAAAAUUAGCUCUUAGGAGAAACUUAGCACAGACUAGGUCCUAUGUAACGAGGACACGGGUGCUUCCGUCUCAGAGUCGGUACUUUCACUCUACCGUCUUUGCGUCGAAGGCGCAGGCUGCACCCGUUCCUCGUCCUGUGCCGCUCUCAAGGUUGACCGAUAGUUUCCUAGAUGGUACGAGCAGCGUUUACCUGGAGGAGCUCCAGAGGGCUUGGGAAGCCGAUCCCAAUAGCGUGGAUGAGUCAUGGGACAAUUUUUUCAGAAAUUUCGUUGGCCAGGCUGCCUCGUCGCCUGGAAUCUCAGGCCAAACCAUUCAGGAGAGUAUGCGGUUGUUGUUGCUCGUGAGAGCUUACCAGGUUAAUGGCCACAUGAAAGCCAAGUUGGAUCCCCUGGGCCUUGAAGAACGUGAGAUCCCUGGCGACUUGGACCCUGCUCUUUAUGGGUUCACUGAGGCUGAUCUGGACAGGGAGUUUUUCCUUGGGGUUUGGAGGAUGGCUGGAUUCUUGUCCGAAAACCGCCCUGUGCAAACCCUUCGUUCCAUUCUAACCCGGCUUGAGCAAGCCUACUGCGGGAGCGUUGGCUAUGAAUACAUGCAUAUUGCCGAUCGUGAUCAGUGUAACUGGUUGAGGGAUAAGAUUGAGACUCCAACCUCGAGGCAGUACAACCUGCAGCGACGCGAAGUCAUGCUUGAUAGGCUUAUAUGGAGCACACAGUUUGAGAACUUCUUGGCCACAAAAUGGACAGCUGCAAAGAGGUUUGGUCUUGAAGGUGGAGAAACUCUGAUACCUGGGAUGAAGGAGAUGUUUGACAGAUCUGCAGAUCUUGGGGUCGAGACCAUUGUUAUUGGGAUGUCACACAGAGGAAGACUGAAUGUUUUGGGGAAUGUUGUUCGGAAGCCACUUGCACAGAUUUUCAGCGAGUUCAGUGGUGGUAUAAAGCCAAUUGAUGAAGUUGGUCUUUACACGGGGACUGGUGAUGUCAAGUACCACUUGGGUACCUCUUAUGAUCGGCCAACAAGGGGUGGGAAUAGAAUCCAUCUUUCUUUGGUUGCGAAUCCUAGUCACUUGGAAGCUGUAGACCCUGUUGUGGUUGGAAAAACUCGUGCUAAACAAUACUACUCUAAUGAUGUUGAGAGGACUAAGAAUUUGGCUGUGUUGAUUCAUGGGGAUGGAAGCUUUGCUGGACAAGGAGUGGUCUAUGAGACUCUGCAUCUCAGCGCUCUUCCAAACUACACCACUGGUGGGACAAUCCACAUUGUGGUUAACAAUCAGGUGGCCUUCACUACUGAUCCGAGGUCUGGGAGAUCUUCACAGUAUUGUACUGAUGUAGCUAAAGCUUUGAAUGCUCCUAUUUUCCAUGUAAAUGGUGAUGAUUUGGAGGCAGUUGUACAUGUCUGUGAACUUGCAGCAGAGUGGCGCCAGACAUUUCAUUCUGAUGUGGUGGUUGACAUUGUAUGUUAUCGUCGAUUUGGGCACAAUGAGAUUGAUGAACCAUCUUUCACUCAGCCUAAGAUGUAUAAGGUCAUUCGAAAUCAUCCAUCUGCUCUGGAGAUUUACCAGAAAAAGCUCCUGGAAUUUGGGCAGGUCACUCAAGAAGAUAUUGACAAAAUACACAACAAGGUUAACACCAUUCUCAACCAAGAAUUUUUGAACAGCAAAGACUAUGUCCCAAAGAGAAGGGAUUGGCUUUCAGCUUAUUGGUCUGGAUUUAAGUCACCCGAACAGAUUUCUCGUAUCCGUAACACUGGGGUUAAACCAGAGAUACUGAAGACUGUUGGCAAAGCAAUCACAGCACUUCCUGAAAGUUUCAAACCUCACCGUGCUGUGAAGAAGAUAUUUGAACAGCGUGCUCAGAUGAUUGAAACAGGAGAGGGCAUUGAUUGGGCAGUUGGGGAAGCACUUGCUUUUGCUACAUUGCUAGUGGAGGGUAACCAUGUCAGGUUGAGUGGACAGGAUGUUGAGAGAGGUACAUUUAGUCACCGUCAUUCAGUACUUCAUGAUCAGGAAUCAGGGGAGAAGUACUGCCCCCUGGACCAUGUUAUUGCAAACCAAAAUGAGGAGAUGUUUACCGUCAGCAACAGCUCUCUUUCAGAGUUUGGUGUCCUUGGCUUUGAGUUGGGCUAUUCAAUGGAAAAUCCAAAUUCAUUGGUAAUUUGGGAAGCUCAGUUUGGUGAUUUUGCAAAUGGGGCUCAGGUGAUAUUUGAUCAGUUUGUGAGCAGUGGCGAGUCAAAGUGGCUGCGACAAUCGGGGCUUGUUGUGCUGCUUCCUCAUGGAUAUGAUGGCCAGGGCCCUGAACAUUCAAGUGCACGAUUGGAGCGUUAUCUUCAGGUAUUGUCUGAACAUCUAAUUUGUGUUAUGCUUUAUGGAAUGAGACAUUUUAAAAGGCAAUGCUACACUGACAAUUGUCAGACAUAUGAGCGCCAUGCAAAUGUUAGAGAAAUCAUUUUUUGGUUUUCUCCACCCUUGUUUUAUGGCUUUCCCUAUCAAGGUGGGGGUUGUGAUCCUAUGGGAAUAUUCUGGGAGGACCUUCUGUGUUGGUGUACAAUGUCUUGUAUUCCGUCAGAGUUUAAUCCAGGGAGUACUAGUGUAGCACCUCGAUAGGCAGGAUGGCGGUCU